AAACAUGGGAGCGGCACAUUAGCUACAUGCGCUACAGUUUAAACAAUGGGAACUGAGCGGGUUGAAGCGGUAACGGAGUUACUUACUGGACAUACUAUAGAUGAGCUACACCGUAUAGUUCGUCAGAAAAGAGCUGAAGUAGAACAUAAAAAAGAUGAGUUACGUCACCUUGUGGGUGAAAGACAUCGAGAUAUUAUUGAUGCUUCUGAUCGAAUACUACUAAUGAAGAACCUUGCCAAUGAAGUGAGGACUUUGUGUGCCCAAUAAACAUUAGGUUUCCAUCUUAUUAGACCAGCUGAGGUCAUACUUGACAACUUGGAGUCGAGAUAUGGGAACAAAAAAAGAGUAAGUUAUCCGUUUGUUAAUCGUAGUCCUUCCGUUGAAACACAAUCGCUCGAAUUAUCAACGGCUUCUCAAUUGAAGUUGAUGCUUGACAUACCGGAAUUGAUUUGGAAUUAUAUGGAUUUGGGACGACACUCUUCGUCUGCGAGAAUGCUCUUUCUUGGCAGACAUCUGAACGCUAGGUUAAAUUUUAGCCAUGAGCGGCAGUUGUCACAUGUAAACGCAAGUGUUCUUGUCAGUCGGGCAUGGGACUCUUUGGUCCAUAUGGAAGCAGCCGUAAUUUCAGCAUUCCGCAAACGAUUAUCUGCUCCUCCGUCAACUAAAGAAGUGCUUAAAUGUAUAAAAGUUUACGUUUUCAGGAAUUAUGCGAUUCUCUUGCUGCUCUGUCAAUGGUUGGUGACCUUUCUACCCUACAGGUGCUUGAAGAAUUUUUCAAUGGCAGAAAGGUUGGAUUAUAUUGCCUUCUUGGUAGAGAUUAUUCACCACACGAUGGGAUAAUAAGACUAAGACCUAAUUUUAUCCUAUCAAUUCGCAAACAACUUUUACUGGUUGUUAGACAUAUUUUGUCAACUUUGGAGUAUCUUGAGUUCCUAUUUUUGCCGAAUACUAGCGGUGAAGGAUCUACAUGUAAAGGAGCUCUCGAUUCUCGGAUUAAAUGGUUUGUGGAUUGGACAUUCCAAGAUUCACCCAUCUUCUCCAGAGAUCGUCUUUACACACAUUUACCGAGCGAUGUACUGGAUUUCAAACUGAAGGAUUUUAAAUUUUCAGACGAAUUUUCUAAUUUUAAGCAGGAUAAACAAUAUAACUUGCUGAUAGACUUACUACGUAAACUUUGGGAUGCUUGGCGAGAUGACUCUAUUCAAAUAUGCCGAGAAGUUCUGUCAGAAUCAUUAAGCCAUGUGUCUAGUUUUGAAACACUGGUUGAUCUCCGUACAACUGCACUAGUUCUUGUACAACGACUACAAACCUUCAGUUUUAAAAAUGGUGCAAAGAAUUGUGAUACAAGACCAAUCAAAUUUGAUAUUUGGAUAGAAUUACUGCGUGGUUUAUUCCUACAAAGAUUAGAGGUGCUAUUCACGGAGAGUUUUGAGAGCAGUUUCAAUGAAUGGAUUGACCAAUUCGAUCAAAUUUUAGUCCGUGAUUCGAAAUUAAAGAGUGAGGAUAACUUGUCGAAAAUGCUAUCGUCUAAAAAACCCUUUUUCAACAGUCCCAUAGAAAAUAGUCAGUUUGACUGGGCUAAUUUCGUUUGGUCAGACUGCCUAAGAGAUAUUAAUAUAAAUGAUUCGUCCGUUGUGCCAGAUUUAUUUUCCUGUGAAAAGUCCAAAUCUGAAGAAACAUCAGCAUCAUCGGUCAGUGCCUGGAAUAGUAAAGUUAUGUCUCAUUUGGUAAAUUCCAAUAAUGUAGGCUUGGCUGUAUUUUGUUGUCUUUUACAUUCUCCGAUUCCUGACUCAUUUGCUUUGAUUGAAAAUGAACAUGAACAUGACUUCACAUCAUCAGCUCAACUGUUAGUCUUUUUGCAACGAUUAGUCAAUGAAAAUGUCCCGUCACUACCUGGGAUAAUAUUAAAUGGAUAUACAGAUUUACAAAAACAGCUUCAGGUUUUAUCACCUGAAUUGUUAGCCUUAUGUGAAAAGUUAAACAUAGCUAUUUCAAAUCAUAUCAUCAAGUUAACUUUGAAUGUUGGUCAGGAUGCUUUCAACAUCUGGUCGCUCGUAUUUACGGCGUUACAGAAAUCAAUGAAACAGUUAGAAUACUGGAUGACAAAUAAAGCUUAUGGAAGCCAAUCUUUUGAAAAUGAUUGCAAAAGUAUAUCAGUGCCUUUAAAAGUUCAUCCAUCAUGUGGUAUACUUAUUUCACGUGCUUGGUAUGCUUUAGUAAAUUACUGUCCUUCCAUUAUUGCAGCCUCAAUUGCUGCCACCGGACAAAUUGAAUCAAUUCAUCCCGUACAUUCUGACAUCGAAAAUUCCGAUCGUUUGGUACAUUCUAUGGACAGUACUUUACCCAUGGAAAAUCUAGUGUGGAAAAAUAUUUCAUUGCUGCGUUGUAAAUGGGAAUCAUUGAGUCAUUCGUUAUUUGAAGUCAUUAACCAGAUCACAUUUGAUUCGUUGGUAAAAGGCGCAGUUGGGCAUACAAUUCUUGACGAAUUUCGUGAUAGUUUAUGUUCAACUUUUUUGAUCAAUUCCAAACAAACAGAUAAUGAAUUUAAAAGUGAUACGAAAUUGGACUUAGUUUUUAAUAAAAAUAAAGUUGAAAGUCUUUUAAUGAAAUACGCUAACACAGAUGCCAUACUGAGCGGUAUAAUACCUUUUGAAGAAGUUCGACUUGAAUUACAUUCUUCCGAACUCACAGAUGUUGAUGGUAAUUCGUCUGCUGUUGUGCGCAUACCUUCACAACUUUCUCUACCAACUCAUCAUUUACUUUUAAAUAUUGUUUAUACAAUGGGAAAAUUUGUUGUACAUAAAUCACUUCCAUCACCAUUUAGUCAUCUAUUUUUAUCUAAAGUAUGCACCUCAUUAUUUGAAAUAUACUCCAGUAUUGUUGACGAAUUGCUGUUACAUCAAGAUAUAUCAAUUCAAUGCACAGACGAAGCAUCAAUAUGGUUUUCGGAUUCUUUGCAAAAGUCGAUGCAAUCACGGGCUUUACAAAUUAUGUUCGAUUUAAAAUUCCUCCAACGUUUAUUAGUUUCGUCUGUAUCUGUUAGUGAAGCUAGUCUUGCUCAGAAAAAUCAAAUGGAUGUCUCGUCAAAACGUGUUCAAUCAAUGAUUCAAGAACUCACCUCUCGUUUAGAAACACUUGUUGAUCCUUUCGAUUGGAAUGUAUGUGCUUCGAAAUUAAGUCGUAAUGUUGCAAAUACAAUUACAUCUACAUAUCAUCUGUACGCACCUAUUCUUGGUUCGAGUUCGUUUGCACAAGUUGAAACUUUGAGAGGCAUUAAAGCAAUCUCAAAAGAGGAGACAAAUGACAAUAAAUCAACCUGUUUUUUUUUACCAUGUAUUUCUGGCACAAAAAAUAAGACAAAGUUGAACUUAAAUCCUUUACCAUUUAAUUCAUCUAUAUGUGUCAAUAAAUGGUCGGUUUUACGAAAUGGAAAUCCAUACGCAAAGCAAAUAUGAGUGUAAGAUUUCAUCGCGAUAUGUCAUUGAUACAUUCAUAUUCUUAGCGUAUAAUGCCAGCUUACACGAAACUGAUACUCAUAUUUUUAUGACCGACUGACAGAAAAACAUAGACUCGGAAUAUUUAUCUGAAUGGGCUGGGAAUAACUUCAAUGCCGAUUGACUGGGAUGUGGAUCUUUCUGAAGGCAUCUAUUCCAUCAGUUCCUUUUACAUCUUUUCCUGAUGAGUGCAAACAAAUAUAAAAUAAUGACUAUUUAGGACUCUAAAUGGACAUUUCCACAACAAUACUGGAUCAUUUAACUGCGUGACUACACUGAAUUUCGCUCUGAUCACGAUCUAAUACUUGAAACCCUGGUAAACAUUUCCUAACUACUCCAGAAGGUGACGAUUCACUACUUCAUCAACCGUUUCGCCAUCGUGACUUAGUAUCCUAUGCCAAACCUCAGAUUUAGCCACUAGUUAUCCCCAAAAUAUAGGAGCGAUACUUUGAAGACAUUAAUGAUCGGAUAAUAGUAACCUACGAAUAUCAUGUACUGUUGAUUGCUGUGGUUCACCCAUAGAGUAGAACAGAGCGAACUGGUGCUUAGUAAAACUGUUCUUUGAUUAGAAUAUGAACAUCUUGACUACGUCACAGGUGACAUAACUCACUGAGGUUUUGUCAGAUACCAACCCACUAGGGUUGAUGAAAUUUCCAAAAUAAGUGGAGUGAUUUAUCGGUAUUGUGAAAUUAUCUUAGUGUACAUAUUUUUCUGUUUCUUCUAUUUAUAUACACAUACAAAACGUAAGUAGUUCAGGUUAAACUACAAACAUCAGAUAAUCAUAAUCAACUUCACUUUUCAGCUAACAACAAGGAGAAAUUAGGAUUUUAAAUCUUGUUUUAAUUGUUCACGAGGAACAUUAGAGAGAAGAAUCUGUAGAAAAUAUGUUGAUCUAUGAUCAGCACCAAAGCUUGACUGACUUUUCCUUUAACUUUGCUUGAAAACUUGCUUUUGUUGUAGUAUCCGUCAUGCGUCCAAAAUACUGGAAUUUCCAAUGCUUAUCUCAACAUAGUGCACGCAGUUUCGAGUCACCUAGACUGGUGGAUACAUUGCAACUUGGUCGAUAGCAUUCGAUCUGCACUAACAAGGACUUGACUCACAUGACAUUGAUCACCACCCAGUGAUCAAUCAUUUGUAAUAGCUUAGUUUCAUUUGAUCUAAUAGAGGAUAAUAUUCUUCAUCCAGUUAGCUAUGUGUUCCUAUCAACAUAUUUCUGAUAGAAUUUUAUAUACAUAAAGUUACUGAAUUGGUAUUUCUUUAUAUCGUGAAGGUAUUUGAUUGUGUAUUAUCUGUUUUAAUCUUUAUUGAUUUUCUUACUAGCUCAUUUACAUACUUUCCCCCGCUGUGAUUUAUCUAAGUUCGUCCUUAAACAUGGGAUCGUAGUGAAUAGUACUUUUUUCGUGAUGGACAUUUUUGCAAUACAUUCUAUUUGUAUUAAACUUGGCUUUUUAUGAAAUAAAUGCCUACUUUGU